UGCGAUCCAUUAGACAAAAGACAAUGGAAAAAACAGUUGCCGCACUUUCCUCUCAUUUUCUCAUAGCAAACACACUAGCUAGCUGCUCAUUCCUUGUUGUUUUUCAGACACUGUUCAGCUCAAAGCAAUGUUCUACUUCGCCUUCCAACUCCUCACCAGUUUCAUUAUCUGUUCUUGUUUCUUAGCAUACCCAAUUCUUGCAAAGUAUCAAGAAAAUGAUUCUGUCACUCUAUGGGUAAACAAAGUUGCACCAUAUGUUAACCCACAAGAGACCUACAGUUAUUAUAGCCUUCCAUAUUGUCGUCCUGGUGAUGGUUAUCAUAAGCAGGGUGGCCUCGGCGAGGUUCUUGGAGGAAAUGCUCUUAUUGAUAGUCGAAUUGAUAUAAAGUUUAAGAGAGAUGUGGAGAAAAGAUCAAUUUGUGAACUUAAAUUGGAUGCAUCAAAGAUAGCACGGUUUAAGUAUGCAAUUGACAACUCGUAUUGGUUUGAAUUUUUUAUGGAUGAUUUGCCAAUAUGGGGUUUCGUAGGCGAAGUGUAUCCUGACAGAGGUGGAGAUAACAAGCAUGUAGUGUACACGCACAAGAUGAUUCAAAUUCAGUACAAUAGAGACCAGAUCAUUUCUGUCAACCUGAGUCAAGACAUCCCGAAGCCAUUGGAGGAAGGAAGGGCCUUGGACAUGACGUAUUCUCUUAAAUGGUUCCCGACAAAUAUUAGUUAUGAACAACGAUUCAAUGUUUACCUGGAUAACUACUUUUUUGAGAACAAGAUUCAUUGGUUCUCUGUAAUCAAUUCCAUCAUGAUGGUAGUUUUCCUCACUGGAUUAGUGUCUAUGAUUUUAAUGCGCACUCUUCGCAAUGACUACGCAAAAUAUGCUCGUGAAAUUGACGAUAUGGAGACUCUGGAAAGGGAUGUUAUUGAAGAGUCUGGUUGGAAACUUGUCCAUGGUGACGUCUUCCGACCUCCACAAAAUCUGGCUCUCCUUUCAGCAGUUGUUGGGACUGGUGCUCAGCUUGCAACACUUGUUCUCCUUGUCAUUUUAUCUGCCUACUUUGGAAAGAUGUACAUGAGGAGAGGAGCAAUUAUUACAACCUUUAUUGUAUGUUAUGCUCUUACAUCAUUCAUCUCGGGAUAUGUGAGUGGUGGAGUGUACUCUCGUAAUGCUGGUGAAAACUGGAUGAAGUCGAUGGUCCUUACAGCAUCACUUUUCCCCUUUUUGUUCUUUGGGAUAGGGUUCAUUAUAAACACUAUUGCUAUAUAUUAUGGAUCCAUAGCUACUAUUCCCCUUGGCACAAUUAUAGUUGUUUUUGUUAUUUGGGCUUUUAUCUCUUUUCCCCUGUCCCUCCUUGGUACUGUUGUCGGAAGAAACUGGAGUGGUACGCCAGAUAAUCCAUGCCGCGUUAAGAAUAUCCCUCGUCCUAUCCCUGAGAAGAAAUGGUACCUUAGACCAUCUGUUAUUUCUCUAGUGGGAGGUCUUCUACCCUUUGCAAGCAUUUUUAUUGAGAUGUAUUGCAUCUUCGCUUCCUUCUGGACCUACAUGGUGCACUACUAUGUGUAUGGAUUCUUGCUCCUUGUGUUCAUUGUUCUGAUCAUUGUCACUGUUUGUGUGACAAUCGUGGGAACAUACUAUUUGCUGAACGCGGAGAACUAUCAUUGGCAAUGGACUUCAUUCUUUUCGGCUGCCUCCACUGCUCUAUAUGUCUACCUAUAUGCUAUAUAUUACUAUCAUGCAAAGACUUCAAUGUCUGGUCUCCUCCAGACCAGCUUUUAUUUUGGCUACACUCUUAUGUUCUGCCUUGGUGUCGGUAUCCUAUGUGGUGCUGUAGGGUAUCUCGGCUCUAAUUUGUUCAUCAGGAGGAUUUUCGGAAAUAUCAAAUGUGAUUAAGUGCAUGACAAUGCACUAGACAGGUUACUCUUUACAGAGUUCUACUCAUCUGUUGAGCGCGAAGACGUAUAUUCAUGCUUGUCUUUAUUGAUCACAAACCGUGAAUGAACAUUAGAUGGAGCUUCAUUUUACAUAGACAAGAACUAGCAUUGUACAAUCUUUGGAUACAUUGUAGAUUCUUCUUACUUUUGUGUAUUCUAUAUGAUCUGCAUAAAUUUCCUUAUUAAAAGACUAUUACAUGAUACAUUCCUUUGGAAAAGAUUGUCUUUAAACUUUUUGAUUUCAUAAUUA